ACUCUGGAGCUGCGCGCGCCCGUAGGCUGGGCGCGCGCCCAUGGUCAAGGCGCGUACUGUGGAGGCGCGUACUGUGGCGGGCGGGGAGCUGUAGAGGCGUAGACGACUCGCCCGAGGGAGGAAGCGAUUGGCGGUUAGGAAGCCGCGGAGCCGAGCGGGUAGCUGCGGUUAUGGGGACUCGGGCGGUGCGUGCCAACAGGACCUGAAAGGCCGAAUGAGUGAGUGUGUGUAGUCGCGGGCCACGGGCGCGCGCUCACACGGCGCAUCCGGAAGCGGAGUCCCGACGUAAGGCGCUCACGCACCCCUACGGCUCUACGCGAGGUGGUUGGGUCCGCCGACGGCCGUCACUGAUUGGCUGUUGCUGGGACGGGGCGGGGCGGUGGUGGACGCUCGACCUUCGCGGGUUUCCCAGUCUUUCCCGCCAUGUCGUUCUUAGAGAGUUGGAGGUCCGCCGGCGCACGUAGGCGCCGUCAGGUUACCCCAGGCCGGUUGACUCGGCCGGGGUAUCCCGACUACACUCAGGGGGACAGCUGGGGUGAGGGCGAAGGCGACGACGACGAGGGAUGCGACCAAGUGGCCCGCGACUUGCGAGCAGAGUUCUCGGCCAGGGCGGCGUCGGAGACCAAGAGGGCCCCGCUACUCCCACGAGUCGGGGACGGGUCGCCGGUCCUGCCGGAUAAGCGCAACGGCAUCUUCCCGGCGACUGCGGCCAAGCGACCGCAGGCUCGGCGGUGGCCCAUCCAAGCCCUCUCCAUUCUCUGUUCGCUGUUGUUCGCUGUCCUCCUCGCUUUCCUCCUCGCCAUCGCCUACAUGAUCGUUAAAGAAUUGCACACGGAAAACUUGAAAACUGAAGACGAUAUACACACUGGGCUGUUAGGAUUCUGGUCUCUGCUGAUAAUCUCUCUGACUGCUGGGUUAUCCUGUUGCAGCUUCUCGUGGACAGUGACUUACUUUGAUUCUUUUGAACCAGGAAUGUUUCCACCUACUCCUCUUUCACCUGCUAGGUUCAAGAAACUGACUGGACAUUCUUUCCACAUGGGCUACAGCAUGGCAAUUUUGAAUGGUUUUGUAGCUGCUCUCACUGUGGCCUGGUGCCUCAUGUAAACCCACAACAGAGCAGCAUUGUUGGUGAAAGUCAUGAUGUUUUUUUUAACAGAAACGAAAUUGCCUACUCAGAAGACUAUAACAUAUAAUCAGAUACAUACUAUCAUCGUCAUUAUGGAAGACCUUAUAGAAGUCAUUUCUUAAAUGUAUAAGAUGUUUACUUCAUCUUUUUGUUUUUGUUUGUAUAGUUUAUCAGUUACAGAAAAUAUUUUAAAGGAAAUCAAACUUGGAAACUUGAAUACAAGACAAUCUCUACCUUUCUGUGCAUAUUCCAUUUUUUACUAACAGAUAUUGACAUAUCUGGUUGAGGUAGAAAUAUUUAUAUACUUCAUUAAGAAAACAGUACUGAGGCCAAGUGUCUUAGCAAGGCCUUCAAGCUCAGCAUUUUGGAGACAGAAGCAGGUUCUGUGGGUUCAAGGUUAGCCUGUAGCUGCACAAUGAGAUCAUUUCACGAAAAAGAAGAAAACGAUUCCUAUUCUUCAACAUUUUGUAGAAGCUACAUAAAUCAGAGUUUUUGAGACUCAGUAGAAUGCAUAUGUCACUUAUAUUUUUGUGGAGUAUACCUGGGGGUUUUAUAUAUUUUUAUAAUACUGAAUUUGUGUUUUUUAAAUGAUUACAUUUAUACCUAUUUGGUUGUAAAUUUUAUUUCUUAGCUGGUGUAAACCUGUCCUUUAGUACUUUGUCUCUUUUACAAAAGGAUUAAACUACACUGACUUGAGUUUAAGAUUAAGGAAAUUUUAUUUUUUUAACAAAAACAUACUACAAAUUCAGGGUAAACUAUUUGUUAUAAUGUUAAGAAAUUUGAGGCUUUUAACCAUUUCUAUUUUCUAAAAUUGAAAGUAUUUAUUUUGAUGUAUAUUAGGGCAGCAAAACUUGUACUAUUUUGUUUUUAGUAGAUGAAAACUUAAAAAUUUUGUAUGUAGAAAUGUUUGAACUUGUUUAUUUUUAAUCUCAAGAAUCUAGUUGCCAAAGUAGAAAAGGUAUUUUGAUAUUCUGUAUAUGUACCUUUAAUUAAACUGUAAUAUGUAUGUUGUAAUAUAUUGUAUAUACUGUCAUUGUCAUGUCAAGUUUUUUGUUAUUUUUCUAUUACUUAAGCUUUAAAUGUUUCUGUCUUGCUUGCUAUUUAAGUGUUCAGAAAGUGAGCUCAAUUUUAGAAAGUUGAAUGAUUUGCACAGCUGUUUUUCCUGGCUAAUCUAAGAAAAACUUAGAUUAGGAAAACAUUGUGUAAUCAGUGUGUAUUGUAGCUAAGUGGCAAGUUAGUGUGUGUGGUGCAUUUGCAGUCCUACUGUUGUGACUAUACAAGGUCUAAAAGUCUCGUUGUUUUCUCUAUAUUCUCCAAAAAAACAUUAUUUCCAUUUCAUUGGAAAUAGCUAAUAAUGUCCCAAUUAAAGUGAGCGAAGAAGAGGGGUGUAGAUAGAGUCUUACUAAAUACCAGUCCCAUGACUUAAUAGCCCUACUAAUUAUGCUUCUUAAAAUGAUUAUUGUUGUUGAUUGGCUUUUUCAAACAAUAUAUUUUGACUUUUUUCUUUUCACAUAUGCCCUACCCCCGACUCUCUUUGUCCCCUCCCCACCCAUCCAACUUGAUGUUCUAUCUUUCAUGGGGAAAAAGAAAUCUUUUGUUUUGAGAAAACAAAAUGGCUUUUUCUCUUAACCAUUUUACCUUCUACCUUUUCCUUUAAAGGACCCUUAUUACAAAGAUAUUUUCAAAUUAUAAAAUUACUUUAUCUCCACUCUACCUGUGUAAAGCACCAUUCCCAUUAUCACCCCAAUUUGAAUGGCUCCAUCCACAUUCUUUGUGAAUAGUGGCAAGAUUAACUGAUUAUAGUCAGUUUUUCAGACACAAGAUAGCCUCCUCAAUGUUGAUGAUACACAGGACAUAUAAUGCACUAUUUCUCUGGAAUACUAUGUCUUAUGAGCUAGAGGUUUCUUUUGGAAUAUGUCCCUUCAUUCUCCACAUGUAGUGUUCGAUUUCAGUGUAAAUCAUGUAUAAGGAAAGUGAUGGCCUGAGAUUAUUUUUCUUAGACCAAGCUUUCUCCUGUCCAGGGUGCGGUAAGAAUAGAGUGGUGUGAUUCAAAUCAGCCAGUUUCUAGGAUUUUUUUCCCUUUGAAUCUAAGAUCUUGAAACUGGGAGACAGGAUCCCAGAAUACACUGGCAACCAUGUGAAGCAAGCUUAGUACAAAAGGAUAAAGGUAAGAUGAAUGCUGCUAAUGAUACUCUCCUUAUUCUUGACAGCCUACCAUCUUGAAACUUAGUUACAAUGUUUUAAUAUGUUUGUUUCUGCUAUUUACAUAGGCUUUUGUCAUUUGCACCACAAAGUCAAGAUGGAGUCACCUAACAGUUGGAAUCAUCCAUCUAUCUCUAUUAUAUGUCAGGCCAUGAGUGUACCUAUGACUGAUUAGUCUCGAAGACUUCAAAGGAAAUAUUAGUGUAAAGCCAGCUACUGAUUAUAGUGCUUCAUCAGGAAUUUUGUUCACAUCCUUUAAAUGCUACCACAGUUUUGUACUAUCAAAAAUUAGUCUCUAGUUAUGUAAGUAUCGAAUAUAAUAUUUAAUAGUUUCCCAGUUUCUUUACCUGCUAAAUGGAAAAAUUACUAAGCCAAGACAUUUCAAACUGAAAACAGGGCAAUAAUAUUUGUAAGACAUGGAUAAGGUGCUUAAUGUAAUUUGUAAUUUCAAGUGUAUUUAUCAAGACAUGAUCUGAAAAUUAAUAAACUAAGAAUGGAUAUCAAGACUUAACAAAA